AUGCAAAGCAGAAACUUAGCUGAGGUGGCCUACCUGAAGCGAACGGGGGCGCCCCCACUCCAGGCUGUGCAUGCAUUGCAGUGGCCAAAUUGGCAAGCAGAGCCUUUCUUAUCGUCGCUUUCAGGAGAUUCACUUGCCUUGUUGAGGUGUGACCUUUCGUUAGAAUUUCUCGAACUUCAGGGUGCAACAAGUUCUACCCAACACCGUUUAACAAUUCAGGACCACAACAUUUUGCCUUUUUUCACUGAGGAUACUGAUGGAGAGCUUUUCUUAAACAGGGGUUGUACUGCGAAUGGAGUGCGAAGCACGAGUCGUGAAAACGAGUUCAAUGAGGAGGAGCUUCAGCGGCUGGAGCGGGAGCUACUGCAAGCCGGCGUGCCCCCGGUUUGCCGCUCUGGCUACCUGCUGGUUGUGUUUGGAGAGGUCAGCGAGAAGAGCACAGACGAGGACUUCCGCUAUCUGCUGACCGGGAAGCGAGAGGGAAGGGACGAGUCACCGUCACCGGAACGAAGAGAGAAGAAGGAGAAGAAGGAGGCCGAGGAGAAAGGUGGCGACUCCAAGAGCCCAGGCGCAGGUGCGAAGCCAAGCGAGCGCAGUGGUGCACCGCCCCUUCCCGAGGGCUGGAUGAACGAGGAGAUCGAUGCGGCUUGCACGCGAUUCAAGCUCGACGAGACCGUGCGGAACCGCCUCGCCAAUGCCAUGCGCAACCGUGCAAGCACUUUCAAGGAGGACAUGCGGACCUUGAACGAUGUGAUGCGAGCGGCCAAACAUCCCAAAGGCGCAGUGCAGCUGAAACUGCGGGAGAUCGAGCGCGGGACCUUCUCGGCACGCAGCUACUCGCCCCUGGGGCCGACUCCUGCCGAGAAGCAGGACAUGGAGCGAGCGGCCAAAGAGAAAGCCGAGAAGGAGAAGGGUGAGAAGGGCGGCGAGAAGGGCGAGAAGGGCGAGCGGAGGGAGAGCCGCGGCCGCUCCGAGCGGCGGCGCCGGAGCCGCUCGCGAUCCCGAAGGCGCGAGCGUGACUGA